AUGUCAUCAGGUGAGGUGUCCAGCGCAUGGAUGUGGUAUAGAUCGUGGUUACGAGUUGUGAUAGUAUCUGUUAUGGUAUCCAUUCUUGUGCAGAUAAUAUGGCCCCAAGCACAGCACUUUGUGACCUCGCAGUUUUUUAUUUGUGAAUGGCAGUUCACCCCUGGGUUUAUUAAGCAGAGCAAUUAUUGCUCUUCUUAUCUACUGAGAAAGCGCAGCAUUAGUACUACCGAUUUGGGAUAUUUUGUCGACCCACUAUCUGUAGAGUCGUCGUAUUUCAUUGAUGAUGUGAAAAAAUUCCAUAAUGCCCUGACUUCAGCGGUUCCAGCAGGUGUAUUCAGUUGGAAUUGGAAAACCGAUAAGGAAGCAAUAGCAGCUUUUAGAGCUGCAGUUCAGUCAAGAAUGCGUGGAAAUAUGAAGAAGGCAGAGCUUAUCAUACGGCAUGCGUUUGCAUUAGCUCCACAUCAUCCAGACAUCUUAACCGAAUAUGGUAUUGUUGUUGAAAUGGGACAAAAGGAUUUAGUACAAGCGGAAGAGUUAUAUGCAAGAGCUUUGAGUUAUAACCCUUAUCAUCGUGAGGCACUAAUAAGACGAGCACGAACCUUGCCUGCAGUGGAAGAAAUUCACAAAGAAAUGUUAAGGAAACUUCACGAAAAGCUUACAUAUUUUUUGCGGAUACCCAAGACUAGCUCAUCUUUGCGCAAAGCGAUGAAAGAAUUCUAUUUUUUGCAUGUUUAUCAUACUGUUGCUAUUGAAGGCAACACAAUGUCUCUUGGUCAAGCAAGAUCCGUAUUGGAAACAAGAAUGGUCGUUGCUGGUAAAAGCAUAAUGGAACAUAAUGAAAUUCUGGGUAUGGAUGCUGCGUUACGAUUUAUCAACAAAAGUGUUGAAUAUAUUUCAUAUUUUACUCUCCAGGAUAUUCUAAGCAUACAUCAUCGCGUACUAGGAUUUGUCGAUCCAGAUGCUGCAGGAGUAUUUCGUAAAACUCAGGUAUAUGUAGGAAGUUUUACUCCAGUUUCUGCGGAUUUAGUGCCAAGAGAAAUGGAUGAAAUGGUAAAAUGGCUGAACAGCGAAGACAGCCUGCUACUUGAUCCUGUGGAACGUGCUGCUAUUGCUCACUAUAAACUGGUUUCAAUCCAUCCUUUCAUUGAUGGUAACGGUCGAACUGCACGGCUGUUGAUGAAUCUAAUACUAAUGCAGAGCGGUUUCCCCCCUGUAAUUAUACCUGUUGAAGAUCGUGCUGACUAUUAUGACGGUCUCAGUGCUGGUAAUCGUGGAGACCUUCGUCCAUUCAUUCGUUUUAUUGCCCGUCAAACGGAUGCAACUUUGCAGCUGUAUAUCAACUCCGCAACAACAUGCGAUUAUGCUAAGGAAUCUAAUAAGUGCACUAUAGGAACUGUUUCCGAUAUUUCGACGCAAGUUAAAGAUCCUAAUAGUUCUUAG